AUGAACUCCACAGUCUUUUUAAUAUUUGAAAUACCGCCUGCAGAUCCUUGGACAAAGCACAUACCCUUACUGAACUCGGCAUGGCCUGUUACAAUAGUCUUAUUGGCAUAUUUAUUAUUUGUCUUAAAGUACGGAAAAAUAUUUAUGGAGCACCGCAAGCCGUACAAUUUGAAAAAUGUUAUACUCGCCUAUAAUAUCUGCCAGGUGAUCUUCAAUGCACUUAUAUUUAUUAUGGCUGUCUAUUAUCUCUUCAUCAAUCCUACGUAUGACCUAUGUUGCAUAGACACCCUUGCGCUAGACCAUCCGAGAAAGAAUAUCGAACGCUGGCUUACGUAUGCCUACUUUCUUAACAAGGUACUCGACCUGAUGGACACCGUGUUCUUCGUGCUGCGCAAGAGCUACAAGCAGAUUACAACGCUCCAUGUUUACCAUCAUAUGAUGAUGGUAUAUACCAUUUACUGGACGGUGCGGUUCUACGGUGUCGGUGGCCAAUAUAAUACAAUGGGCUUAUGUAAUUCGUUUGUGCAUACCGUCAUGUACUUCUACUACUUCAUAUCGGCCAUGCGUCCGGGACUUAAGGGCAGCCUCUGGUGGAAGAAGUACAUCACCAGGAUACAAAUAGGCCAAUUUAUUAUAUUGUUCAUGCAAGCUACAUUAGUGCUAUUAUUUAAUCCCUCGUGCCAAUUUCCAAUCUUUAUGCAAUACCAACAGCUAUUUCAGGCUACCCUGAUAGAUCUGUUGGAUACCGUGUUCUUUGUGCUGCGAAAGAGCUACAAGCAGAUAACAAUACACCACGUUUACCAUCAUGCCCUGGUGGUCUUUGGAGUAUAUUGGUUUAUAAGGCUGUACGGAGUCGGUGGCCAAUACAUGAUGACGGGAGUCUUUAACUCUUUUAUGCAUACCGUCAUUUUUUUAGUACUUCAUUUCGAUAAUAUAUCCAGCUUCUGGUGGAAGAAGUACAUCACGAGGAUGCAAAUACUCUUCCAGACUACAGUAAUGACUGCUAUGUUGCUCAUACAUCAAAAAUAA